CCAGUAGUAGUAGUAUGGGAAGGUUCGUCGUGAGUAACCCGUUUUGACUCUUAUGCAUAUUUCCUAGUCGAGCAGAAAGAAAAGCCUCUGGUUUUGCAUUAGAAAUCUAAAUUACUCUUGGGAUAUUGUUGAAGAUGGCCCCUAUUCCUCUGUUUGUUUUCUUCUUUCUCACUAGUUCUCUGCUUCCAAGCUCAGCUGAAAAGAAGGAAUACCAUUACAAAUGUCCACCAUUCUCUUGUGGAGGUCUUGGCCCGAUUCAUUUCCCUUUUAACAACAAGACGAAUCCUGAGUGUGGAGUGUUUACAGUGGAUUGUUCACAAGAAAAAUCGAAGAUACAAUUGAAAGAAGGAGGGCACUGGUAUGCAAUUGAGAACAUCUCUCAGGCAGAUUCCAUUGUUGUCAAGGAGACAACACUACUGUCUAAGUCGGAUUUCACCAAUGAUUGUCAUAUCAUCAAUAAUUUCUCUAUUCCCAGCUCUAAAUCAUCGCUCUUCUUUUUCUAUAACUUAACAGCUAAGAAAACAUCAACGCUUUACAAUUGCAGCGACAGUCUUGGCAAUGCUCCCUCGAAAGAUUUUCAUCAAACUAAUUGCAGAGACUCUGAUUUCUACAGCAAUCCUCGAAACAUAAGUUUCCCAUUGGAACAACAAUGUCCAAUCGUCACACUUCCAUUUCCAUUUCCACUUCCACACCAUGAACAUCAUCAACUUUCAAUUGAUUUCAUUUUUCAAGUGCAAAUAAGCCCUUAUUGUUGGGCAUGUCACUUGAACGGAGGGAAAUGCCACAAUGAAAACGAAAAUCGACUUCAGUGUUUAAAUCCUCUGCUGCCAUUGCCAAAAGAACAAAAGAAGACAAACCUAAAGUUUGGACUGGGACUAGGACUAGGGCUCGGUUUUGGAGUUCUUUUGGCUAUGAGUGGCUUGGCAAUCAUUAUCUGGCGCAGGAAACAUGUUGCUUCAGGGAACGUGGCUAAUCCGUAUAUGAAUAUGGAGUAUCCAGAGUGGGCUAGUGGUUAUCUUGGGGUCCCUGUCUUUUCCUACAAAGAACUCACUGAAGCCACUAAUAACUUCGAUGCUGAUAAAAACCUUGGACAUGGAGGUUUUGGAACUGUUUACCAUGGCAAACUCAAAGAUGGAAGGGAAGUAGCAGUGAAGCGCUUAUACGAGCACAACUAUAAAAGAGUAGAACAAUUCACAAACGAGAUAGAAAUUCUCACCCUCCUACGCCACAAAAACCUGGUAGUCCUCUAUGGCUGCACUUCACCCCGCUGUACGGAACUCCUCCUCGCCUACGAGUACAUCCCCAAUGGCACAGUAGCAGAUCAUCUCCACGGAGAUUGUGCGAAAACCAGCCCCUUAACCUGGCAAUUUCGUCUAAGCAUCGCCAUUGAAACCGCCAGUGCUUUGGCCUACCUCCACGCUUCAGACAUAGUCCACCGUGAUGUCAAGACCAACAACAUUCUACUAGACAACAACCUUUGUGUCAAAGUUGCAGAUUUCGGCCUAUCACGGCUGUUCCCCAACGACGCCACUCACGUCUCGACUGCUCCACAAGGGACCCUUGGCUACGUUGAUCCAGAAUAUCACCAAUGUUAUCAGCUGACUAGUAAAAGUGAUGUUUAUAGCUUUGGAGUAGUCCUAGUCGAGCUCUUAUCAUCCUUGCCUGCGGUUGAUAUAACAAGAGAUAGGCAUGAGAUUAAUCUCUCUAACUUAGCAAUAUGCAAGAUUCAAAAACGAGCUUACAAUGAGUUGAUUGAUCAAUGUCUUGGGUUUGCUUCGGAUACUAAGGUUAGAAUAAUGACCAUUGCAGUAGCAGAGUUAGCUUUUGAGUGUUUACAACAAGAUAAGGAAAUGAGGCCUACAAUGGAUGAAGUUUUGGAGAGACUAAGGAGAAUCGAAGAUGAGAAAUUUGAGAUUCAGGUUGUUGAUGGUUCUAUGUUGAAUAUGAGCAGUAAUGUACAGCCACCAUCACCACCUUCGCCUGAUUGUGAUGAGGUUGGGUUGUUUAAGAAGAUAAAACAAGAGCAACCGCCAUCUCCCAAUGAUGUGACUCAAAACUGGCCCAGUAUUGCGUCUAGCAAGUCUUAUUUCAGUUGCUAAAUAUUCUAUCUUUCAAUCUCACUUGUGCAAAAAUUCAAGCAGAAUGGUAUAAUUAAUUAUAUUUGUGCCAUAAGUGAGUAAGCAAGUGAUGGGUCCAAAUUUAUUAUUAUUAUUCCUUUGUUAUAAUUCAUGAUUAAAUAGA